AUGGCACUAACACGGAAGGACAAGAUAAUUGCCCUUCUACCACCUGCAUCUUCUGAUCUGAGUGACACAAGUGAAGAUGAAGAAUUUCCUGGAAAGCUGUUUGAUAUGAUAAGGGGCUCAAAUAGUGAGUCUUCCGAGGCUCCAUCGAUUCCUGAUGAAGCAGUUGCAGUAAUGGAGGAUAUAAUGAAUGAUUUGUCAAACACCAAUGACGCUUCUCCAGAUGAAGCAACCCGAGUUGUUCAGAAUACACCAGAAUAA